CAGUGGACAGUUCCACACUGCCGCGCUGCGAUGGGUCCGCUACGUCUGGGCGCGUCCAGAAUGCUGCUGCUCUUCCUGCCGCUCCUGCUGCUGGGGUCUGGACCGGCAGCCGGCGCCGCAGCCAGAAGGUCACGUGUGUACCCACGUGGGAUAAAGGAGUUGGCGGACACCGUGGCUUGCGUGGGACCCCGACCUCCCAUAGUCUAUGCACGGUAUGGCUGUUUCUGUGGCCUGGGAGGCCGUGGGCAGCCCCGGGACAGCAUCGACUGGUGCUGCUACCACCAUGACUGCUGCUACGCUCGUGCCGAGGAGGCUGGCUGCAGCCCCAAGAUGGGCAGCUACCCCUGGAAGUGUGUGGAUCACCAGGUCCAGUGCGGACCUGCAGAGGACAAAUGCCAAGAACUCAUGUGUGAGUGUGACAAGAACAUUGCUUACUGCCUCUCUGAGGCUGAGUACAACUUGAAGUAUUUAUUCUACCCUCACUUACUGUGUGGGCAGGAUUCUCCCCGUUGUGAGCAACAGACCUGAUGACAUGAAAUGUUCGUUUGCUCCGAGAAAUAAACCUCUUUUUC